AUGACGCGAAGAGCCGAUCCGGAUAAAUUUACUGUGACAAAACAGGCGUUACUACCCGGUAUAUUGUUCUCCUUGCUUGUGAGAUGGUGCGUGGCUGCUUAUCCUUAUUCUGGAUAUAAGAAACCUCCAAUGCAUGGCGAUUUUGAAGCACAAAGACAUUGGCAAGAAAUAACAGUGCAUACUCCCGUUCUAAAAUGGUAUCAUAAUACGACGCAGAAUGAUCUGCAGUACUGGGGGUUGGACUAUCCACCACUGACGGCAUAUCACAGUUUGCUCAUGGGGCUGGUGGCAGACUGGCUGGAACCAGAAUCAGUGCGUCUCUUUGCGUCGAGGGGUUACGAAAGCGAUACCCAUAAAACCUUCAUGAGAUGGACUGUUUUUCUAAGUGACAUUUAUUUGUAUGUGACUGCAGUGCUGUGCAUAUGUAUUGAUGCUGAAAGAGUGCUUGGUAAAGAACCUAAAGAGCCAAAGUGUGUCCUGAAAAGAACGGACAUAUCAACCACAUUAUUUCUACUGUACCCUGGAAUAAUAUUGAUUGACUAUGGUCACUUCCAGUACAAUUGUGUUUCUCUUGGCUUCUUUUUGUGGGCAACAUUCUUUAUAAUAGCAAUUAAGAAUGAUACUUUAGCUACAAUAUUUUUUGUUUUUGCUCUGAAUUACAAGCAGAUGGAAUUGUACCAUGCUCUGCCAUUUUUCUUCUAUCUGUUAAGGAAAUGUUUUAUAGGUAUGCCACUGGGUAGGGGCAAGCUGUCUCACUUCGUCCGCUGCUUCAAUAAGCUUGCUGUGGCAGUGAUCGCUACCUUUGUAAUAGUUUGGUAUCCAUUCCUAAAGGGUUGGGAUCAUAUUUUUCAGCUUGUACACAGGUUGUUCCCAUUGGAUAGAGGUAUUUUCGAAGAUAAAGUGUCGAAUGUAUGGUGUAUGGUAAAUGUCUUUAUCAAAUUGAAGACUAUUUACAGUAACCAAGAGAUGGCAAAGACCUGCCUACUGAUCACAGCUAUGGCUGCGGGUCCAGCUUGUGCUGACUUAUUCUUCAGGAUAAACAUAAGGAAGUUUGUUCCCUGUUUGAUUAAUGUGUCCCUUGCAUUCUUCUUAUUCUCAUUCCAAGUGCACGAAAAAUCUAUUUUGUUAGCUGCUAUACCGGUAGCGUUAUAUUUCCCCGAGGACCCGUUCAUGUGUUUCUGGUUUCUACUAGUCUCUACAUUUAGUAUGCUUCCCUUAUUACUAAAAGAUGGUCUUCUUUUACCGUUCAUUGCAACUACUGUAAUCUAUACAUCCUUCUAUAGCAUUUGUUUGAAGUUAUCGCAGCCCAAUUCUGGGUAUUUCUCAAUUUUCAAUGCUAACAAAGUGAAUAAGAUUUUAUAUCCAAAUAAGAAGGAUUCAUCCCACAUGUUAACCUUUUUGAGUCUUAUUUUUGUGAUAUCUGUGGUUGGUAUGGUGUUGUUAACUGUGGGUACAGUGUUUGUGAAGCCUCCUCCGCACUUGCCUUACCUCUUUCCUCUACUUAUCUCUGCAUAUUCCUGUGUACAUUUCCUUUUCUUUUUCUUCUAUUUCUAUUAUCAACAAUUUUCUCUGCCAAUGUGCUUGCCCUGUGUCAGCCAGAAACUAAAAAGAAAGUAA